AUGAUUGACUCCUCAAACGUAAUCAGAAGUCCUCAAUCUGAUAAAAGAAAGCCAGAUAACAAUAAAGAGAUGAGAGAGAUUGGAGACCAAGCUGUUUGGACUCUCAGUAGUGCUAAGCAAGGGCAUGGAGUUGAUGAACUUAGAGACAAUAACACAGACACUUUCUGGCAAAGUGAUUGCGCUCAACCUCAUUUUAUAAAUAUUGAGUUUCAAAAGAAAAUGAAGAUCAAAGCUAUUAGCAUUUUCAUUGACUUUAAAACUGACGAAAGUUAUACUCCAAGUAAAGUAGCCAUCAAGGUUGGAAAUAGUUUCUUCGAUCUCCAAGAAGUCAAGUUCAUUGAAUUCUUCGAACCUUAUGGAUGGUAUACAUUUGAUCUUGAUCAAGUAAAUCAAUCAGGAGAAAAGAUAGCAUCAUACAUCAAAACAAUGUGUGUCCAAAUUGAAAUUAGAGAGAACCAACAUAAUGGUCGUGAUACUCACAUUAGACAGGUAAAAGUAUUCUCUCCUAGAGUUUCAACUCUUUCAGGAUGUGAACUUCUUCCUGAAUUUGAGACAGUAGCAUGCUCUCAAUUCUCGAGUCUAAGAUAA